CCCUUGGACGUCGUAGACCACUGAGAGAUUUUUACAUCAUGCGACUCGAUUAAUGGGUUUUGGCGUUGGACAUUGCUACUAUGGCAAGUCAAAGUUGGUUGGAGUCUUCUCUUCGCCGCUCGUCCAGAAUGGGACGUGAGGUGUUAGAAAGAGCCCAAAGACGGUCCGUAGACUGGUCGAGUGUGAGACUGUCAACAAGACCAGAAUAUUCGGUCAAGCGAGUAGAGACUCAAGAAGAUCUUGUCCAUUCAAACCUGGACAAAGCUUUUGCGGCCAUAGUGGAGAUCAUGACGGAGACCUCUAAUCAGUGCAAGAAUUUCUACCAGUCCGCGAAUUUGGCAAAAGCCAGCAACCAGGAGAAAACGCAUGUAUGUCGCUACCACUCCUUGCGAGUUCCCGGGACGUCACAACAGACCCCCACAGAGAGGUCUCGUGUUCCUGUUUCAUCAGAGCCAGAGGAUUUCCUGAUUGAGGUGUCUCCUGGCACUUAUGCCAUAACCGCUGGCAUGCAGGACGUGAGCUCACAGACCCAAGUUGUUCGCGUCGACGCUGGGGAGAGCAGAACCCUUACCUUUAACCUAUGACUUUUGACCUUUUCUGGCUCGAGGCCAGUGUCGCUGCACUUCCAAUUAAAUGAGGAAUAUGUGAUCACAGAACAAACUUACCACUGUGUAAGGACUGCA